AUGAGGGACGAUGGCCUUUUCGAUCUGCCGCAAGAGAUCAUAGAUCAGAUCCUUCAUAAUCUAAGCAGACUCGAUCUAUUCGCUCUACGGUUAACUUCUCGGCAGAGUAACAAGUUAUGUACGGAUGCUUUCCAACAGCUGGUGUUGGACAAUCUUGGAAAACCGACAUGUCCAUUCUACCUCCACCGAGCGGCAAGAAUGUGUUUACACGCCCGUGUGCGGUGGCUAUUGGCCUUGGGCGUCGCAGUGGACACUCGAGAUCCUGUGGGGGAGACAGCGCUCCACGCCGCAGCCCGGGAAAACUGCCUCGAGUCGAUUAAUCUUCUUCUUCAUUCGGGGGCAGAUGCAAAUGAGCAGUCUGCGCUUGGGUGGACGCCGACCAUGUUGGCAGCCAGAUAUGGCCACCUCAAUAUCGUCACACGUCUGACGAGAUCAGGAGCAGACGUGAACUAUAGAGGAUUUCACGGUUGGACGGCAUUAUACCUCUCAUAUCGUUAUGGAUAUACAGAAAUAGCCGAGUUCCUCCUGUCGGCAGGAGCCAAUGAAGACAUUGCGGACAGUGAUGGCAUCUCUCCCUGUGAGGCUUCCCGACAGACACGGUGCUGGGGAGCAUUGAUCUAA